UGUGGCUGAGUGAACAACCCCAGUACCUCCGUCCCGCUGUCUGGACCUUGUCAACGAACGACAACCCCAGUACCUCCGUCCCGCUGUCUGGACCUUGUCAACGAACGACAACCCCAGUACCUCCGUCCCGCUGUCUGGACCUUGUCAACGAACGACAACCCCAGUACCUCCGUCCCGCUGUCUGGACCUUGUCAACGAACAACAACCCCAGUACCAACGUCCCGCUGUCUGGACCUUGUCAACGAACGACAACCCCAGUACCUCCGUCCCGCUGUCUGGACCUUGUCAACGACGACAACACCGUUAUUAUUAUUGGGAUAUCAAUAAUCGUUUACAUCGGGAACAGCCUUUGCAGCAACUAUGUGGAUUUACAACAUUAUUUUUCCUCUCUUAAUCGUCCGUUUUUCAGAGUGCAGGAGGAAUGCAUUACAGGACUACCAGAGGAGUGAUGGCGUGAGAUUGGUCCAACUGCCUGACUCUGCCCUCCAUACCAAAAGCAGGAAGUUGAGCAUUGUGAAGUGUGCCCGUGGUUGCAGCCGCAACAAGAUACUGCUCUUCACUUGCAGAGCGUUCUUGUAUGAUCAGAAAAACAGGAAAUGCCAGUGGCUGUCGUUUGACAGGAACUCACCAGGAGUCCAAAGCCAACACGACUUCAACUACCAACUCUACCAGAAGAAAGCCUAUGUGCAGGAGUGCAUAGUGGGGACAGGAGUGAACUACAGAGGGAGAAGGUCUGUAACGGCCAGUGGAAUCAGGUGCCAAGCCUGGGCCUCUCCUUUCCCUCAUGAACACAAUUUCCUACCGAGGAGGAACAGGAAGAAGGAGCUGACAAACAACUACUGUCGUAACCCUGACAACGCUAUUUCAGGACCAUGGUGCUUCACUACAGACCCCAACAUCAGACACCAGGACUGUGGAGUACCUGAGUGCUUACAAGUGGAGUGUUUGAGCUGUAAUGGGGAAAGUUACAGAGGUCCCAUGGAUCACACCGAGACGGGACGGGAGUGUCAACGCUGGGACCUAGAGGAACCACACAAACACCUCUUCCACCCCAAGAGGUAUCCUGAUAAAGGCCUAGAUGACAACUAUUGUAGGAACCCAGAUGGACGUCAACGACCGUGGUGUUUCACCCUGGAUGCACACACAUCCUGGGAGUACUGCAACAUCACAGCCUGCCCCUCAGACAGUGUGGGAGAGGUAGAUGUGACUACUAGGUGUUUCUGGGGUCGAGGUGAGGGCUACAGAGGGACAGUAGCAGAAACACCCAGUGGGGUGACCUGUCAACGCUGGGACUCACAGUACCCCCACAACCACACAUACAUACCCCAGGACUAUCGCUGCAAAGACCUGAGGGAGAACUACUGCAGGAACCCUGACGGCCUUGACCUCCCAUGGUGCUUCACUUCAGACCCUGACGUUCGCAAGGCAUUCUGCACCAACAUCCCCCGCUGUGGCACACAGAAUACUGAACCCCAUGACUGCUACGAGGGCAAUGGAGAGAGCUACAGAGGAGAGGUGUCAAGGACCAGGUCAGGUCUUCCCUGUUCCCUCUGGGGAGACCACAGUUGGGACAGAGAUGCAGCGGUGCUGACUGUGGGACAGGAGGGGAGUUUCUGUAGGAACCCAGACAGAGACACACAUGGCCCCUGGUGUUACACUAACAGCACUGCUAUACCCUGGGACUACUGCAGCGUCAAACCAUGUGAACCAUCAGAGAACACCAUUCCACAGAGAGUGGAGGUGUCCAAGGUGUCAUGUUUCAUCCAUAAAACGACCAGGAUAGUAGGAGGAGCUCCAGUCGCCAUCACAGACGGAAGUUGGAUGGUCAGCAUACAGAAACGGUCCAGUCACUGGUGUGGAGGUUCUCUCAUACGAGAGGAGUGGGUCCUCACUGACAGACAAUGCUUCUCCUCAUGUGUUCCAGACCUGAGUGAGUAUCGUGUGUGGUUGGGUGUAUCAGACCUUCGUGGCUUGGCUCCGAACAGCUCCUUCAGACAGGAAGUCUCCAUCUCCCAUGUGAUCUGUGGUCCUGAGGGCUCCAACCUGGCCCUCAUACGGCUGGCCCAGCCUGCCCUCCCUGCAGACAGUGUCCACACCAUUCAGCUGCCGGUGGCUGGGUGCUCCAUUGCUGAUGGCUCGAUGUGUAGCAUGCAUGGAUGGGGCGAGACCAAAGGUACGGGUCAUGAAGGUGUACUGAAGGUGGUCCAUCUGCCCAUGGUCAGUAAUGAGAGGUGUAGUGAACAACACAGAGGGAACCUCCACAUCACAGACACCAAGAUUUGCGCUGGGGGGAGGAAGGACGAGGGGGUCUGUGAGAGGGACUAUGGCGGCCCCUUGGUGUGCCAGGAAGGAGAGAGCAGGGUCAUAGUGGGGGUCAGUGUCCAUGGCAGAGGCUGUGCCCGUGCCAAUCGGCCUGGCAUCUUCAUCAACGUCCCCUUCUACACCCAGUGGAUCCACAAGGUGUUCCGACACUACCCCGAACCUCAGAUCAACUAGGCACUACCCUCAGAUCAACUAGGCACGACCCUCAGAUCAACUAGGCGCGACCCUCAGAUCAACUUGGCACUACCCUCAGAUCAACUUGGCACUACCCUCAGAUCAUCUAAAUAUCAAAUAGAGAUAAACCUUUAUCCCAUCAUCAAUUAGAGACUCACUCGACCCCCCUUGAUAUAGAUACACAUUGUUGUCACUACUCUUACCUGUGGCUCAGUCACGUAAGGAUCAACUGAGUCCCUGUGCAUUUGAAAGGGGGAAAAUCCAGCCAUACAGAAAAAUAUCAAACGCUACUCAAAACGUGAUUCUGGAGUUCAGACUCAUGGGCUUCUAUAUGUCUUUGGAGUGGACCUGUGAAGUGGAAUGUAAUUGUGUUGAUCAGACUGCUGGAUCGAUCCUUUAGAUAAUAUAAAUAUGUAGUGUUACAAACAUGCUACUAAGGACAACGGAGAUGUGGAUAUGUGGUUGGCCAACCACCAUGUCCUGAAGCUGGUAAGGUUUGGAUGUUCAGGACUCGUAUUGUACACAAUCAGUAAGAAUCUGUAGACAAUGUGGUAAUAGGGGAGAGUGGGGUAAAUUGAGACACCCCUUGUUUCUAGGAAACCAUAUACAAAAUUAAUAAUGUGACCACAUUUUUAGGAAGAGGUCAUCAUUUCAUGGAGUCAGAAGGAAGAAACCACCACCACAAAGUAAAUUGAAUGUAUUGUGUUACAGGUUUCAUGAUGCUUGUAUCUAAACCAAAGUAGAUGUACAUCAGUUGGGGUCUUUAUAAGCUACGAUAUGAGGUCCUAAACCUAGCAUGAAAGUGCAUCCUUGUAGCUGUGUGGACUAAUAUAAUCAAAAUGUUUGGCUUGGGGUAAGUUGAGCCAAUGGCCACCAUACCCCAUACAAAUGAUGAUUACAUUUGGUCAGUUUUAUGCAUAAUAUGCAUAGUAUUUUUGCAAUGUGUCAUGCAUAUAAACUCAUGAUAGUGCAUUUGUAUUAUUACAGAGCAGACAUCAUCAUGCCCCUUGUAUACAAACGUAAAACAAGCAGGGGUCUACCCGCCUUGAGUUUCUUCAGAGAGCAGCCAUGGAAGUGAGAGAAGGGAAGGAGUCAAUUUGAGCAGCAGAAAAGGAUGGAAAAAAUUGUCCUUAUGACACUGAAGAGGUACAUUGACUAUCAGCAAGGCUAUGACAGAGUAGCAGAGGCACACAAGGUCUCAUCUGAUGACAUGGAGUCUCAGCCUGCUGAUCAUAUCAAGAAUCUGGCCUUAAAUGCAGAGAACUGGCACAACUGGCACAUACGAAUUGGCACAUUGAAGUAACAUCUCUAUCCCAGGCAACUGGUCAAGAAAUGAAAGGGUCAGUGAUAUUGAACAGAGAGAUCUAUAUCUGAAUGUAGGCAUACAUUUAAGAUAUACACUAUACCACACCCCCAUUCCAUGAAUUAAACUUUGACCUACCAGCACCAUCACCCACUAUCACAGGUCACCAUCACCCACCUACCUCAAGGCGGCUCAACUGACCUUGUUCCUAUGCUCAACUUACCCCAUACCCGGGGUAAGAUGUGCCAAAAUACCACCUUUUUUGGACAAGCUAUGUUUUCAAAACUGUUAUGUUUCCAUGAAUUCUGAUUAUUUCCAGGGAUACACAACAUCCUGAAAUACACUACAAAAGUGUGCUCAUCAAACAUCUCAUUCGAAAAUCAUGGGCAUUAAUAUGGAGUUGUUCCCCCCUUUGCUGCUAUAAAAGCCUACACUCUUCUGCGAAGGCCUCCCACUAGAUGUUGGAACGUUGCUGCUGGGACCUGCUUUCAUUCAGCCAAUAGAGCAUUAGUGAGGUCGGGUAGUGAUGUUGGGCGAUUAGGCCUGGCUCGCAGUCGGCUUUCCAAUUCAUCCCGAAGGUGUUCGAUGGGGUUG